AUGGACCCGGAAAAAAUACACCAUGAGAUGGUCGAGGAUGUCAAGUCUACGGAUUCCAUACCAGACAUAGAUCCAGCAGCAGAAAAACGACUCCUAUGGAAACUCGAUCUCCAUGUCGUCCCUAUUCUUACGUUUUUAUUCCUACUCGCCUUCCUCGAUCGUAUCAAUAUCGGUAAUGCGCGACUUCAGGGUCUGGAAAAAGAUUUGGGGAUGAGUGGGCAUGAUUACAAUAUCGCCUUAUUUAUUUUCUUCAUCCCCUAUAUCCUGUGCGAGGUUCCUAGCAAUCUGUUCUUGAAAAAGGUAUCGCCGUCUUGGUGGUUGGGAGGAAUUAUGUUCUGCUGGGGUAUUGUUACAACCUGCCAAGGUGUCGUAAAGAGCUUCGGUGCUCUCGUUGCAUGUCGGUUCCUGCUGGGCUGCAUCUAUUUGAUUGCCAUGUACUAUAAGCGCCACGAACUACAAUGGCGAUUCAAUAUCUUUUUCAGUGCUAGUAUUGUGGCUGGUGCAGUCAGUGGACUUCUUGCCUACGGGAUAGCCCAGAUGGAUGGUGUAGGAGGAUACAGCGGCUGGCGAUGGAUCUUCAUUAUCGAAGGUCUACUGACAGUAGUCACUGGAAUCGCUGCCAAAUUUCUCGUCGUCGAUUGGCCUGAAACGUCUACUUUCUUAAACGAUGAAGAGCGUGCUCUACUGCUUCGCCGUCUAUCCGAAGACCGCGGCGAAGCGCAAAUGAAUCGCUUUGACAAGCCAGCAGCGAAGCGCACAUUCUCAGAUAUCAAGAUCUAUCUUGGUGCUAUUAUGUACUUUGGAAUAGUCAACACAGGCUACGCAACCUCAUUCUUCACCCCGACCAUCCUGAGACAACUCGGCUGGACAUCCGUCCGAGCUCAAGUAAUGAGUAUCCCAAUCUACCUCGUCGCCACGGCUAUUGCACUAGCUACAGCCUUUGCCAGUGACCGACUCCGCCAUCGAUACAGCUUCACAAUAGCAGGAUGUCUCAUUGCUACAAUUGGAUACGUUAUUCUCAUGUGUCAGGAGUCGGUGCCAGUCGGUGCCCGAUACUUCGCCCUAUAUGCGAUCACGGGUGGAGGAUAUAUGACACAGCCGAUCUUGUUGGGUUGGGUUAGUAACAACAUGGCUGGACACUACAAGCAAUCUAUUGCCUCCGCUUUCCAAAUCGGGUUUGGUAAUUGUGGUGGGCUGGUUGCUAGUAAUGUUUUCUUUGACUCGGAAGCGCCGACUUACAGAACUGGGUUCGGUGUCAGUCUGGGGAUGAUAUGGAUUGGUGGUGUGGCGUGUACGGUGUUCUUUUGUUAUCUAUACCGUGAAAAUCGGCUGCGUGAGCAAGGGAAAAGGGAUCAUCGGUACCACUGGCCCAAGGAGGAGCUUGAGAAUGCUGGAGAUGAUCAUCCCAGUUUCCGGUUUACUUAUUAA